GAAGACCAAACCCUUCACCUUUCCCAUUUUCUCAGCAGUCAGCCGCCCCCACGGCGGGCAUGGACGUCGAUGACCCGUCGCCGCGCGCCGGCGGGUGCGGCGCGGACCCGCCGCGCAUCCGGCGGCUGGAGGAAUCGGUGGUGAACCGCAUCGCGGCGGGGGAGGUGAUCCAGCGGCCGUCGUCGGCGGUGAAGGAGCUCGUCGAGAACAGCCUCGACGCCGGCGCCUCCACCGUCUCCGUCACCGUCAAGGACGGAGGACUCAAGCUCAUACAGGUCUCCGACGACGGCCACGGCAUUCGGCCUGAGGAUUUACCAAUAUUGUGUGAAAGGCAUACUACCUCAAAGCUAUCCGCAUAUGAGGAUUUACAGACAAUAAAAUCUAUGGGGUUCAGGGGGGAGGCCUUAGCCAGUAUGACUUAUGUCGGCCAUGUUACUGUGACAACAAUAACAGAGGGCCAGCUUCAUGGCUACCGUGUUUCUUAUAAAGAUGGAGUAAUGGAGAAUGAGCCAAAACCAUGUGCUGCGGUUAAAGGAACUCAAAUCAUGGUUGAAAAUUUAUUUUACAAUAUGGUAGCUCGUAGAAAAACAUUGCAGAACUCCAAUGAUGACUACCCCAAGAUUGUGGACUUCAUUAGUCGGUUUGCAGUCCAUCACAUCAACGUGAACUUCUCUUGUAGGAAGCAUGGAGCCAAUAGAGCAGAUGUUCAUAGUGCAAGCACAUCUUCUAGGCUGGAUGCUAUAAGGAAUGUCUAUGGGGCUUCUGUCGUCCGUGAUCUGAUGGAAAUAGAGGUUUCAGAUGAGAAUGCUGGAGAUGCAGUCUUCAAGAUGGAUGGCUACAUAUCAAAUGCAAAUUAUGUGGCAAAGAAGAUCACGAUGAUCCUUUUCAUAAAUGAUAGGCUUGUAGACUGCACUUCUCUAAAAAGGGCUAUUGAAUUUGUGUACUCUGCAACAUUGCCUCAAGCAUCCAAACCCUUCAUAUACAUGUCCAUCAAUCUUCCACCAGAACAUGUCGAUGUCAAUAUACACCCAACUAAGAAAGAGGUUAGCCUCUUGAAUCAAGAGCGUAUUAUUGAAAUUAUUAAAAAUACUAUUGAGGAAAAGCUGAGGAGUUCUAAUACCACAAGGAUAUUCCAAACUCAGGCAAUAAACCCCUCGGCACUUACUCAAGCUAACACGCAGAAGGAAAAGGGUACUGAGGUCAAAAUGGCAUCUGGAAUGAAAUCUCAAAAGACUCCUGUUAGCCAAAUGGUCAGAACUGAUCCACGUGAUCCAUCAGGAAGGUUGCACACUUACUGGCACGGGCAAUCUUCAAAUCUUGAAAAGAAAUCUGACCUUGUUUCUGUAAGAAAUGUAGUAAGAUCAAGGAGAAAUCCAAAAGAUGCUUGUGAUUUAUCCAGUCGUCAUGAGCUUCUUACAGAAGUUGAUUCUCAAUGCCAUCCCGGUCUGUUAGAGGUUGUUAAGAAUUGCACAUAUGUUGGACUGACUGAUGAAGUUUUCGCUUUGAUACAGCACAAUACUCGCUUAUACCUUGUCAAUGUUGUAAAUGUUAGUAAAGAACUCAUGUACCAGCAAGCACUUUGCCGUUUUGGAAACUUCAAUGCUAUACAGCUUAGCGAACCAGCUCCUCUUCGGGAGCUGCUACUGAUGGCACUGAAGGAUGAUGAACUAAUGGGUGAUGAAAAUGAUGAGGAGAAAAUGGAAAUUGCAGAAGUAAACUCCGAGAUACUGAAAGAAAACGCCGAGAUGAUUAAUGAGUACUUCUCUAUUCACGUUGACAAAGAUGGAAACCUGACCAGGCUUCCAGUUGUACUUGAUCAGUACACCCCUGAUAUGGACCAUCUCCCAGAAUUUGUGCUGACUAUGGCGAAUGAUGUUACUUGGGAUGAUGAAAAAGAGUGCUUCCGGACGGCAGCUGCUGCUAUUGGGAAUUUUUACGCUCUCCAUCCUCCCAUCCUUCCAAAUCCAUAUGGGAGUGGCAUUCAGUUGUACAAGAAAAAUAAAGAUUGCAUGGCAAGUGGUAAAUGUGUUGAUAAUACAGAUGAAGAUGAUAUUGAUCAAGAACUACUUGCGGAAGCAGAAACAGCAUGGUCUCAACGAGAGUGGACCAUUCAGCAUGUCUUGUUUCCAUCCAUGCGACUUUUCCUAAAGCCCCCAAAGUCAAUGGCAACAGAUGGAACAUUUGUUCAGGUUGCUUCUCUGGAGAAACUUUACAAGAUUUUUGAGAGAUGUUAGCUCACGCAAGUGCAACUUACGUAGAGGACGAAGUAACACCCUACUGAAACAUUUUGCGCUGUAUAUAUUUUGUACGGAUAGUGCCGUAAAGGUUUGAGUAGUAGACAGAUUGAAGUGUACCACCACCUGCAAACCACGCGUGUACUGUCAAUUGCACAAUCCUCUUGCUGUGUGGCUAAAUUUUAUGUUUCUGAUGUGUUGGUAACUUGUUGAAAUUGUCUGCGCUUAGGUUCAUAUGGUGUUGCCCGCACAGUUCGCCUAGGUUCAUAUUUUUGUUUUAUCCGAGUGGUGCAAGUUUAUACUUUAAGCCCAUGUCAUAAA